CAAAAGCUUGUUGCUGGUGUUGUUCGUACGGCAAACGCGUUUGGACUUUGGAGAGCGAGGGGAGGGGGAAGGAGCGAGCGAGCGAGCGGUGGCCAUGGCGGAGCAGCACAAGGAGGAGUCGGUGCUGGAGAAGCUCUCGGACAAGCUCCACGGCCGCGGAGGCGGGUCCUCGUCGUCGUCGUCGGACUCGGACGACGAGCGCUCGUCGGCGACGACCGCCGUGAAGGCCAAGAUCUACCGCCUCUUCGGCCGCGAGAAGCCCGUCCACUCCGUCCUCGGCGGCGGCAAGCCCGCUGAUCUGUUUCUAUGGAGGAACAAGAGGAUUUCUGGUGGGGUGCUUGCGGGCGCGACUGCCAUCUGGCUGCUGUUUGAGGUCAUGGACUACCACCUCCUCACCCUGCUGUGCCACUGCCUCAUCCUCACCCUUGCCAUCCUGUUCCUCUGGUCCAAUGCCACCACUUUCAUCAACAAGUCCCCUCCUAACAUCCCUGAGGUGAAGAUUCCAGAGGACCUGGCUGUGAAUGUUGCGCGUUCGCUGAGAUAUGAGAUCAACAGGGGCUUUGCUACCUUGAGGGGAAUCGGCCAAGGCCAUGACCUGAAGAAGUUUCUGAUUGUGGUUGCAGGACUGUGGAUCCUUUCCGUUCUUGGGAGCUGCUGCAAUUUCCUCACCUUGUCCUAUAUAGUCUUUAUGGUUUUGUACACUGUGCCGGUUCUGUAUGAGAAGCAUGAGGAUAAGGUUGAUGCUUUUGGAGAGAAGACCAUGGUCGAGUUGAAGAAAUACUACGCCAUCUUUGACGAGAAAUGCCUAUCAAAGAUUCCGAAGGGCCCGUCAAGAGACAAGAAGCAGCAUUAGAAGAGUAGAAUCAGGGAAGGGUCUGUGCGCUGAUUUAUCAUCUCUGUCAAUCACUACAUGUGGGUUUUGAAGGAUGGUUUUAGUUCCAUGUCUCCAUGUGAUGGUAAAUACCUACAUGUUCCUGUUCUAGUGUGGUCAGUAGUUGCGAUGUGCUAAAUUAUGCAAGCUUACGCUUUACUGUGGUUCUUCAAUCUGAAACUCCAUGUUGUCUUACCUGCCCAGACUUAGGGCUAUGAUGAAAUGGUUCUUCGUUA